UAUCAUAGCGUUCCUACUGCUAGUUUUUCUGCUAGGGUGUUUCAGUUUUCAUUUCUUAAAAUUGUAGUAGUAAUGUUUUGACUAUUAUUUCCUUAAUUUCGUUUUAUAGUAUUCACGAUGCCUGGAUUUGUGACGUGCGGACCAAAUGAAGCUUUGGUUGUAUCAGGAUGUUGUCAUACGAAUCCUUUGAUGGUUCCUGGUGGAAGAGUAUUUGUUUGGCCAUGGAUACAAAGAGUACAAAGAAUUACUCUAAAUACAAUGACAUUGACCAUUGAAAGCCCCAAGGUAUACACUCAGCAAGGAGUUCCCAUUUCUGUUACUGGGAUUGCACAGGUAAAAAUACAAGGACAAAAUUCUGAGAUGUUACGUGCUGCUUGUGAACAAUUUCUUGGGAAAAGAGAAUCAGAAAUUAUGCAUAUUGCCAGAGAAACCUUAGAAGGACACCAGAGAGCUAUUAUGGGCACCAUGUCUGUUGAGGAAAUAUAUAAAGACAGAAAAAAGUUUUCUAAGCAAGUAUUUGAGGUGGCAUCUUCUGAUUUAGUUAACAUGGGAAUCACUGUUGUAUCUUAUACCAUUAAAGAUAUUAGUGAUGAAGAGGGAUAUUUGAAAGCUCUUGGUAUGGCUAGAACUGCUGAAGUAAAACGAGAUGCACGCAUGGGUGAAGCAGAAGCUCGUCGUGAUUCCCAAAUAAAGGAAGCUAUUGCUGAAGAAGAAAAAAUGGCUGCCAGAUAUCUUAAUGAUACUGAGAUUGCGAAAGCCCAGAGAGAUUUUGAAUUAAAGAAAGCUGCUUAUGACAUGGAAGUGAAUACAAAAAAAGCAGAAUCUGAUCUUGCUUACAACCUGCAAGCUGCUAAAACUCGUCAACGAAUAAAAGAAGAGCAAAUGCAGGUGAAAGUUAUCGAACGAACGCAGGAUAUUCAAGUUCAAGAACAAGAAAUCCUUCGAAAAGAGCGAGAAUUGGAAGCUACUGUAAGGCGACCAGCUGAAGCAGAAAAAUACAGACUUGAGAAAUUGGCUGAAGCCAAUAGGAAUCGUGUUAUCAUGGAAGCUGAGGCUGAAGCUGAAGCCAUUAGGCUUAAGGGAGAAGCAGAAGCAUUUGCUAUUGAAGCCAAAGCUAAGGCUGAAGCAGAACAAAUGGCUAAAAAAGCUGAUGCAUUCAGAGAAUAUAAAGAUGCUGCAAUGGUUGAUAUGUUUUUAGAAACACUACCUAAACUUGCAGCUGAAAUUUCAGCACCUCUUUCUCAGUGCAAGAAGGUAACUAUGGUGUCUUCUGGCAAAAAUGAGAUGGGAGCAAGUAAGCUGACUGGGGAAGUAAUGGAUAUUAUUUCAAAAGUACCACAUGUUGUUAGCAAACUGACAGGUGUUGAUAUUACACAUUCAAUGAAGCUUGCCCAGGCUGCUAUGUAAAUCAACUUUAAUGUGAUGUUUCUCUGCGAUUCAACAUACACAUUACAUUUAUUUUUGCUUCUUUGUAAAACUGUGUGCAGUACAUAUAUACAGUGUUUUUUUGUAAAUAAUUUUUGAAGUGUGGGUUGUAAAGCUUUUGUAUCUGCAGCUAACAAUCUUCUGCUGAAUUGCUCAGUAUCAUUUUUUAAGCUGAGGAAUUCUUUUUCUGAGAAAUUGAUUCUUUUGAUUUGUGCCUUUCUCAUGCUUUUUUAAUGCACUCCAUUCUAUUUCACACUUCAUAUAAAUACAUGUUAUCAGCUUUUCCAUUUACACAUUUUAAUAAAACUCCAGAACACUUGUAAAAUUUUUAAUUGAAUAUAUUUUGUAAUUCUUUACUACAUAUAUUUAUACCACACAUAUUAAGUCACAUCUUUUUAAUGCAUUUGUUUACCAAAGUAAAACUACUGUUGAUGUUUUCGGGAAUUUUCAUCUAUCAAUUAGAUUUGCAUGUGACUUACUUAUUUCAAACCAAAGAAAAGUACAAAAAAGUAAAAUAUAAUUUGAAUUUUUAUUUGUUAUUUGUUACACUUAAUAAAAUGUUUUAUUUUUCUGUUUUAUUUUUAUUUUUUAAGAUUUAUGUUUGUAGCAGAUUUUUCUGUAACAAUUCUUUGAUGCCAUGAUAAAUAUAAUGCAAUGCACAUGGUGCUGAUAUAAACAUCUCACAGAAUUGAUUUUUCCAUUACUAUCCAUUUUAUGUAUAUAUUCAAUCUAUGAAACAUGUCUUUGUAUUAUAUUUUUAUAUUUAGUUGUUCAUGUGUCUAUUAUGAUGCAAAUUUUUUAGAGCUCAACUGAAAUUGCCAGUAGUUUUACCUUUUCAUUUCUUGAUAUGGCCCAAAUAAAUGUAUAUAAAUGAAUAUUUUUAAGAACUAAUUGUUUUAAAAAUUCUCUUAGUUCUUAGUUGACAUUAAAUCUAGUCUUAAUCAGUAUUUGUGAAGAAAAAAGACUUCUAUAAAGAAAUGCACUUGAACUUAAGUAUUUUAAAAAUACAAUUUUGUUUAAAUAUGCAUUAUAUUUUGUUAUAUUUUUAUUAAUAUAUUUUGAGAUGUGAUUUUUAAAAAAAAUUAAUAUUUUAAUGCUAUGUUUCUUUUAAUACAAUUUUCUUGUGUCCUCAGUAUGUCACUGAGAAUGAGUAAGUCAAAAUGAGAAGAAAAACAAGCUGAAUGUUCUUGUUUCAAAAUGUUCUUUAGUAACAAUUGCAAAAUCAUGUAUAUCUAUGUAUAUAUGAUUGGUGUGAUCAUUUUUUUUUUCUGUUUCAGAAACAGCAUUUCAAAAUAACAAGAACAUAUUAAUUUCCUUUUUUCUUUUAAAAUAUGAGAGCAUAGACUUCAUUUAUUUUUUAGUGAUUCAUUUAUUUUUUGAAUGAAAAUGUUUGAGUCAUUUUGUACAAAUUUAUACAUUUAUUGUUUAUCUAAGUGAUACUGUAGCUAGUUAUCUUUUCAAAUUGUAUUCAUAUUCAAAUAUACCAUUCAUAGUAAUGAUAAGAAACAUUCUAAAUAAGUAAACCAAAGUUUACUGAACUUUUGGGCAGCUUUCAAAACAUUUUUUUGACAAACAAAUUGAGUGUUUUUGCUGAUUGCUCUGUGCUUUCUGAUGGUAUUUUAAAUUUUAAGUUGAGAAAUUGUAGUGCACGUGUUAACUUCUAUAUGGUGCAUUUGCUAACUUUAAUGUGUCUACUUAUUACAUUUCUGAUAAUAGCUUUGAGAUUAUUGUGUGACGUACAAAGAAAUGUGAUUUCAAAUAUUUUAUAAAAAUAGUUUUGAAAAAGUGUAUCGUAGCAAUAGCAUUGUAUAGAUAAGAAAUAGAUGUAGUGCCAAGCUGUUACUUUGAUUUAAAAAAGUAUCUUUUUGAAAUAAAGGCUUACUUCUUUA